GCGCAUGCGUGUUACGAUUUUAGGGCAGUAACAAGGAAGUUCAGUCGCAGAUCGAAGAUACAAUUUUUUUUUGAAGAGCUGCUGUUCACGUUUUGGACUCAAGGUUUGUGAUGGCAGUGGACUGGAUCGGGUUCGGCUAUGCUGCGGCCAUCGCCUUUGGAGGAUUUAUGGGCUACAAGAGAAAAGGCAGUGUGAUGUCCCUGAUGGCUGGUUUAGUGUUUGGUGGAUUAUCUGCUUAUGGUGCAUUCAACGUCUCUAACGACUCUAAGGACAUCAAGUUCUCAUUGUUGGCUGCAGGAGUCUUAUCACUCGUGAUGGGGUUGCGAUAUAAGAAAUCUGGCAAAAUAAUGCCUGCUGGCAUCAUGGCAGGGCUAAGUCUGUUGAUGGUGUUUCGGCUGUUACUCCUCUUCAUGGCGUGACUUUAAGAACAACACGGACAAGACGGAAAGCUCUCUGUGCCUCAAUGUGAACAAGCCUCGUUUUGAAAGGAAACAUCAUUCCAAGUUUUCAUACGCCAACAAGUCUUUUGUUUUUGUGUAGAAACUUAACAAUCAUGUGACCAAAAUCUUUGCAAAUGCCACCAAUGUUUGUUAAACUGACUUUAGAGCAUCUGUCUACUCAUGUUAUCUUAAGUCAUAUCACACGAGAGGGAGUGAUGUUGUACUGAAUAUCAUACCUGCUGGGAUUCAGCUGAAGAUAAACACAUGAGCUGAUAUUCAGUACAACAUCUCAACAUCGAGUGUGAUAUUACUUUUAUACAACACUAAUACAAAAUAGUGCUAAAAAGUAAAACUCAACAACAGAUUAUUGUAUAACUCCACCAACUCAACUAGUUCCCCAUCUGUUGCCAAGCAACACAAACAUUCUAUUCUAACGCAAUCUGAUGGUGUCCAUGGUUACCACAGAGCAGCUACUUUGUAGUACAACCAUUUACUUGUGUGUUAACAUAAAUGAAUCAUCAGUCAUGAAAACCAGUUUGAUAAGGGACCCGUUGUGUGAUUCUGAGGUUAUGAGAUUGAUGAAUAAAGAACAACACUGUUGACAUGUA